UUAAUAAAAUAAUACUUUUCAGACUGUACUAGUCCUAAUAAGUUGAAAGUGGACAGCCCAUCACUAAGAAAUUUAAUUCAUGAAGUAAUUUCUGAAUACCAUGCAUUGUCACCAGCAGUGUCCGUUGUGAAUAGUAUUCAUAGGGAAACACACAAUUCUACUGUCUCUCAAAAAGAAGAAAAAACAGUCCAGGUAAGCUUUCCUAUUUUGGAAGGGAAUUCCAAGACACAAAUGUCUAAAGAAACACAAGUCUCUAUGUUUGUAGAAAAUUAUAAUUCUCAUUCACUCAUUCAAGAAGAAAAAAUAGAUAAUAGUGGAUGUAAGAAAAUGAAUGAAAAUAAGUCAGAAAAUGAAUCUUUAAAUUGUAGCCUUGAGCAACAAUUAGCUGCUGUAACUUCAAAAGUCGAAAAUUUGAUGAAUGUUUUCAACAACCAUGUUAUGAAGAGUGAAUCAUUUGCCGAAAAUAAACCUCUAAAUAACUCCAGCAACAACGAACGACCCAUUCACACCAGAGAUGUGUCUUUACAGUUUAGUCCUUAUUUGGUCAACAGAAGUGUGCAUACGUCUCCCAUUCGAACGUUGGAGAAAGCUAACCAGUGCACCAAUUAUCUCGAAUCAAACCAAACAAAGAAACAGUACCUCAGUGUUUCUACUCAGGCAGCAGCAGCAUCUCAAUCUGAGGCUGAAAUUAAGAAAAGUGCAACUGUUGCCACACAGUCAGACUGUGCUGUUACUAUAGAUAAUUGGAUGCAAACUUUAGAAGUACCUGAACAUUCCAAUAACAGCUCUGUAUCAGUAACUCCUGUCAGUGAUAGUCCUUUUCUCGAUGACAUCCUUUCGGAAGGAGAAAUUCCAUUUCAUUUGAAAUUCUUGUCGUUUCAUGAUCGUGCUGCUAAUCUAAAUUCUACUGUUGCUGAAUCUAGUGAGGAAAAAGACUAUUCUCUUAGUGAAGGUGAAAUUCAUCCCCAAUAUCUUCAAUCAUCUUAUAAUUUUCCAGUUUCAACUGAUCAUUUCAACAAAGGAGCUCAUUCUUUUGCAACUCUAAGUCAGCUCAAGUCACCAACUGAGAAGACUUUGAAUUUUGUCGACAGUUCUACGAGUGAAGCGUCUUUAUCUCGCCUAGGUCAAAAUGCAAGACAAAUAAACUUUUCCACUCCAAUUUGGAACCCUGAAAACUCACCCCAGCUUCAUUCUUCGGGAGAAAUUCCAUCUCAUUGCUUCUCCUCAAGCAAAAGAAGCUUCCAUGACGUCAAGCAAAUGGAAAAACCCUUUGAUGGUAUGAAAAAAGCAGGCAUUAGUGUAAAAGAUUCAAAUAAUUAUUAUCAUUAUAGAACUGCUUAUCAGAUGCCUGAUAAAAAUAUAUCUCCCUCUAACUUAAGUUCAUUAUCAAGUCUUGAUAACUCAAAUUGAAUACGUAAAUCUGUGAUGUUCUUCGUCUUCAAAUGGAUUUGAAGUUCUCAGCGACUCGUAUGGUAUCAAAGCAACUUGGCACCCCUGAAAAGAACUCAAAUAGUUGGCUCAUUAAAACUGUUUAUCGGAUGAUUGAUAAAAUAAUUUCACAUCCUAACUAAGUUGUCAAUUCAAACACCUAAAUUAAUAUGUACACUUGUUUGUUAUAUGUAUUCUUCUUUUAUACAUUUUAUAAAGCUUUUUGUACCUAUCA